AUGAUUUCUGAUAGCUUCACAAGUCUUAACGCCUUCUUUAACCAAGAGGCUUUUAGUCAGUCAAACAUGAAUUCUGAACUCCUUCAGUUGGAUAAGAAGUCAUGCUGCCCAAAGAAGAGGGUUAUUAAAAAGAUCAGCUUAGAUCAAGUGAAUAUUCUGGAGAAUAUGUUCCAGGAGGAUCCUACCUGGUCAAAGAAAACAAUCAAAAAAGCAUGAGAUAUUCUUGGUCUCCCAAAACGAAAAGUGUACAAGUGGGGAUAUGAUCGUAAAUCUAAAAAGGUUUCAUUUACAACACUCAGCUCUAUUUUCCAUAAAGAUAUCCAGUUAAACACCAAAGACUGAGACCUAAACUUGAGCUUAGAGAGUUGCCUAGCUCCUAUUGAUUACAACAGCAUUGUAGAGGAUCUUGUAAAUUCAGAGUAUACAAAGGAGUUAAAAGAGCAGAAUCUGUCACACAAAAACCAAAUUGACUCAACAUACUUUUCUACAGAGUUUGGAAUCAGCCCAAAGAGAGCUCCUAGUGAUAGCCCUACUGGGUUAUUUUCCUUCUUUCAAGAUGAACAAUACAAUUUGGCAGAAGAGUUCCCUUUGUUCAACUUCUAAUCCUAUUUAUGAAUACUAAAUAUUAACA